AUGACCAGUGAGAAGGGUGAAUGCUUUACGUGGGGCAGAGGCAAGUAUGGCGAGUUGGGGACUAAUACUUGCGAAUAUGGCGGCAAGGCUGUAACUGAGGAACCAGUCCACGUAGCAGUGCUGCAUAUUGUAUCCGCUGAAGGCCAGCUCUUCACCUUUGGCUGCGGUGACGGUGGCCGUCUUGGACUCGGCAGCAACGACGACUCUUGCCAUCCACAACUAGUAAGCGCUCUUGAGAAUCACGUUGUGUUGGACCUCGGCCUGGGCAACCAGAAGUUUGCGGCACUACCAACCUGCCUUCCAACACUACGGCACCGCCACAUUCGCUGCCACACCAUCACGACAUCUUCUCACCACAGCUGUGCCUUAGCUGUCGACGGAAACCUGUAUACGUGGGGCCAAAACGCUUCAGGUUGUCUAGGCCGCAAAGGGUCCGAAAUCGGCGAUACAGAUUUUGCCGAACCUGGGGUGGUAGACCGUGGAAGCUUUCGAGGAUACGGCGUGGGGCCUAUCGUCUCCAUUGCAGCGGGACGCUCUUUCACACUCUUCGCCACAGGCCCGUGGGAGCCCCCCAUGUUGACGAAAAGCCACGAACCGCUAGCCACGGAAUGUUGGCUACAGGUUCCCAGAAUCAGUUCAUUCAUCAUUCCGCCGCCUCUUCGCGAGAUUGAGAUGUCCGCUCCGCCGUCUUCGCAGGGUAGUAUGAUCAACACGGGUGUGUACCGCUAUGAACGUAACCGCGGUAGCCACGAGUUCUUUAGCCCAGGGCCGCAUGCCACCACGCGCACUGCCACGGCGCCAUCUGCUAUCUUCAAUCUUGUGAGCACGAUCAUCGGCGGCGGCAUUUUGUCGCUGCCCUUCGCCUUCGACAAGUGCGGUCUCGUUGUCGCGCUUAUCUUCAUGGUCAUUGCUGCCUCCGCCUCUACUUUCAGCCUCUACGUCAUUGUGAGCUGCAGUCGUCGCGGUAGCGCGGCCUCAUACGAAGAAGUGGUGCGCAAGGCGUUGGGCGCACGGGCUGGUCGCAUCACCGUUGUGUUACUCGUGGUGCUCACGCUCCUUACGCUUGUGGCAUACGUCAUUCUCACCAAAGACCUAGUGGGCUCACUUGGUGCGAGUUUCCUCUACAAUCGACCGCUUUCUGAGGCGGAGCAGAACGUUAUGACAAUCAUCUGCGUGCUGCUCGUGUCGCCGGCGCUCCUAGCGCGCUCCAUGGACGCGUUGCGCUUUACCUCCAUCUUCAGUCUCGUGUCCGUGCUGGUGCUGGCAAUUGCUAUCACGGUCCGAGCAGCAGACGCUACGUUCAGCCGUCUUGACGCCCAGGAAGAAUCACAGAUCCCCAUCAAGCUGACACCCGACAGCUGGGCAGAUGCCGUGUAUGCGUUCCCCAUCAUCUCAGUGUCGUUCCUCUGCCACUUUAAUGUGUUGCCAGUGUAUCGUGAGCUGCACAAGCCCACGCGUCACCGUCUAAAGAAGAUCGUGGCGUCUACGAUGUUCUCCACGUGGCUAUUCUACAUUUUGGUCGGUGUCAUGGGAUACCUGUUCGCCUUCCAACAACAUGGUGGCGUUCAAGGCGAUAUCCUGAAUAACUUCAGUGACAACGAUCCGCUUGUGAACCUCGGACGACUGGGACUACUUGUCACCAUUCAACUGAGCUUGCCGCUCAUCAUCCAGCCCUGUCGCGCCAACCUGCUUCGUCUUGCUAAGAUCGUUCGCAGCUACAUGCGUACACGUGCCAAAGUUCAACCAUUGUGCACGUGUUACUCACCGUCGGUAUCAUGA